GUAUGUAAUUGCACUGCAUCACCUCUUCCUUCGCUCUCCUCUCCCGCGCCGCAAAGACAAGGCGUCAAGGUCGUCGCUCCCCGGAUGGAGAACGGCGCAGGCAGUGGGGGGCCGGCGGCGGCGUGGAACUUCGUGCCGAACGACACCCUCCUGGGCCUGACGGCGCUCUCGGUGCGCGGCGUGCUGGGCAUGGUCAAGGCCGGGAUUGUGGAGGACGAAGGCGCCGGCGCGCGGCGGGUGGUCCCUCUCGGGCACGGCGACCCGUCGGCGUUCCCGUGCUUCAGGACGGCGCCGGAGGCCGUGGACGCCGUCGCCGGCGUGCUCCGGUCCGGGGAGCACAACUCCUACGCCUCCUGCGUCGGACUCGAGCCGGCACGGAGAUCUAUCGCGCAAUACUUAUCACGCGACCUGCCAUACGAGCUGUCAGCCAACGACGUCUACCUAACAAGCGGCUGCACUCAAGCGAUUGAGAUAAUCUGCUCUGUCCUAGCUCGCCCUGGUGCCAACAUCCUGCUUCCGAGGCCAGGCUACAUGUUUUAUGAGGCACGUUCCGUCUUCAACGGCAUGGAAGCCCGGUACUUCAAUCUUCUACCAGAUAAAGGUUGGGAGGUUGACCUUGAUGACUUGCAAGCUCUUGCUGACAAGAACACAGUUGCUAUGGUCAUUGUCAACCCAGGGAAUCCCUGUGGCAAUGUCUACACCUAUGAGCAUUUGGCUAAGAUUGCCGAGACUACGAGGAAGCUUGGCAUCUUUGUCAUUGCGGAUGAAGUGUAUGCACACUUGACAUUUGGGGAGAAGAAAUUUGUGCCAAUGGGUGUGUUUGGCUCGGUAGUGCCGGUGCUCACUCUAGGAUCCAUAUCAAAGAGAUGGGUGGUGCCUGGAUGGCGACUUGGCUGGAUAGUAACCAACGAUCCUAAUGGUGUAUUUCAGAGGAUGAAGGUAGUGGACAGCAUCAAGAGUUACCUUGACAUCUCCUCUGAUCCUACAACUUUUGUCCAGGGAGCAAUUCCACAACUCAUUGAGAACACAAAGGAAGAAUUCUUUGACAAAACCAUCGAGAUUCUAAGAGAAACUGUGGAUAUAUGCUGGGAGAAGCUGAAGGGAAUCAGUUGCAUCACUUGCCCAAGCAAACCUGAGGGUUCCAUGUUUGUAAUGGUAAAACUGGAUCUGUCCUGCCUGCAAGACAUCAAAGAUGAUAUGGACUUCUGCUGCCGGCUGGCGAAGGAAGAAUUGGUGGUUGUUUUGCCAGGAUGUGCUGUGGGGUACAAGAAUUGGCUCCGGAUCACCUUCGCGAUUGGACCAUCUUCUCUCGAAGAUGGCCUUGACAGGCUCAAGUCCUUCUGCUUGCGACACAGCAAGUCGCAGAAGUGAUAUGAUAAGCCACUAGUUCCUUGUAACAUGAGGCAACUGCUUUAGCAUGAAGAAUCAGCAGGAACUGCUUGAAGGAUACAAAAAAUUUCUGAACUUACCAUGAUAAAUGGUAUCAUCUUCACUCGGAGAUGAUAUAUUAGAUGCAUAAGGUCCUUGCUAAGCAAUGAGCUCUGCUUCAUUGUCUAGUCAUCAUUCGACGCUGUUACAACUCUUGUUGUAACGCCCAGUGUGCGUAGAUGCAAUGCAAAUUUAGGGGAUCGGAAGUGUAGAACACUUUCCUUGAAUAAAGAAGGGAUUCUAUGAGAACAGCCGUCUCAGUGGGUUUGUAAUUUUGUUCGACACUUCGACAAUUUUAUAAAAAUAAAUUUCUUGUGCAAGUACAACUA